GUCUGAUAAAAAUGAAAGGAAGAAUUUUACUGAUAUAUCUGAUCAUUUUUAUACAUACGCUUAAUGGUGAUGAUUCUUAUGAUAGUAGUAGCUACGAAAGCAGAGAAGAUGAAUUAUCGAUUAUACAUGACAAUGUAAAAAUCAAUAGAAAUUCCAGCCUAUUGACCACAACUGUGCACGAAGAUGAUAAAUUACAAGAAGUUGAAUUGACAACCAAUAGUGGUGACCAUCAGACCAUUUAUUAUAUGAAAGACUUAGACUUAAAAGUGAUAGUGAUGAAGCAACCACACGAUGUUUGUCUGAUGUACAAAUAUACUGAAAAGGACAGGAUAACUGGACAAUUACAGAAAUGUUUAUACAGAGUUACUCAAUAUGAUCAUUAUAACAGCAUAGGGACGGUCAAACGAAUAUGUGAGGAUAGAAAUAUUCAGUUCCUAGAACUAUUGAUGUGCACAAAUAUUUUCCAAGAAGAUGUGAAGUUUUUAGGAAAUUCAGCAGGCGUUGGCAAAGGGAAAAGAAAGAUCAAAGUCAUCUUAAAGAGAGCUGUCUGUCUACCAGUGUGGGAAUCUUACAGAAUAGAAACAACAUGCCUCUCAACUACUUUUUACACCAUUUUACAAACAACAUGUGUGACAAAUACUGAAUACUUCUAUGGAUCAUAUUGUCUAAUAUGAAAUGAUAUCAAACGUUUGUGAUUUAUUUUUCAUAUUUUAUUUUGAAUCAGAUUUUAAUUUAGU